AUGACCAAUCCGGAUGAUUGCCGGGAUGAGGAUGGCUCCUCAGCCUCGUCUGUGUCGUCUACCGGAACAAUGGUCCCUUCGCCGACAAGGCAACUGUUUGCCCGCACGGGCCGAGGACAAUCAUCCCAAACAUCCCUUACAUGGGCGGACUUCUUCGCGCAAGAACUCUUUAUCCCGGAGGAAGUGGGCAAUCUGCACAUUACGCACCAUGUCUACUUGACACCACCCACCGAGUCAGACCCGCUCUUCGUCAUGCAUCACGGAGCAGGCUCCUCGGGUCUAUCAUUUGCGACAUGCGCAGAGGAAAUCCGCAAGAUUCUCCCCAAGGCAGGAGUGUUGUCUCUUGAUGCCAGAAGCCACGGCUGCACAACUAUGUCCGCUGCAGACGGACCGCCAGACUCAUACAGUCCAUCGACAGCUGCGGCGGCGCAGGCGGAAGCCGGGCCACAGAUCGAGCUUGAUCUGAGUCUCGAGACUCUUAGCCGGGAUCUAGUGUAUGUGAUCCGCCAGACACAGGCCCGAAUGGGGUGGGAGAAUCUCCCAGACCUGGUGCUGGUCGGGCACAGUCUGGGUGGAGCAGUGAUUACGGACGUGGCAAAGAAGGGCGAUCUAGGCUCGAAAGUAUUGGCGUAUGCUGUACUGGACGUGGUUGAAGGAUCUGCCAUGGAUGCUCUCCAAAGUAUGGAGAAAUAUCUCUCCACCCGCCCAACCCGGUUCCCAUCCCUCGCAUCAGGCAUCGAGUGGCAUACUCGCUCCCGCACAAUCCGAAACACCACCUCUGCCCGUGCCUCGGUGCCCUCGCUCUUGUACGAAGAAAGCCACCCAGCAGACACGGCACGUCCGUGGGUCUGGCGCACCAAUCUUUCGGCCACAAAACCCUUCUGGGAGAAUUGGUUUGUGGGACUGAGCCGAAAGUUCCUCGAUGCCCGGGGCGGCAAGCUUCUGCUGCUUGCGGGGACAGAUCGACUAGACAAAGAGUUAAUGAUCGGACAAAUGCAAGGAAAAUACCAACUCCAAGUCUUCCCCGAAGCAGGCCACUUCAUCCAGGAGGAUCAGCCGGCGAAGACCGCACAAGUUCUGGUGGACUUUUAUAGACGCAAUGACCGGAGUGCACUGGUGCUUCCACCCAAGGUUGCGGAUAUACAAGCAGCAGCUGCGAUGAAGAAGGAUACCGGCGCUGGAGCUCCUGCUCAGAGCGGGCAUUUGAAAUAG